UUUGGCUUUGUGAUUUUUUUUUUUUUUGUAGUAUUCCUGGAAAACAGUGGAAAGGCCAGUUUACUACAAUCCAGAAAAGUGGCCAGUGUUCAGGUUGUGGAAACACCAUAGAGUCUAUUCAUCUGAGCCCAGAAGAAUAUGACUUUCUCAAGAAAAAAGUAAUGAAGGACGUGAUAGACGGCGGUGACCAGUACAGAAAGACGACGCCUCAGGAACUGAAGAGAUUUGAGAACUUUGUAAAAUCCCAUCCUCCUUUUGAUAUUGUCAUUGACGGGCUCAAUGUUGCUAAAAUGUUUUCUAAAGCUCGGGAAUCUCAAUUUCUCUUGGACGUCGUGUCUCUACUGGCCAAGCAGAAGCUACAACUGCUGGUGCUGGGCCGGAAGCACAUGCUAAAGCAGCGUUCCCGGUGGAGAAGGGAUGAGAUGGAAAAGGUGAAAAAGCAAGCCAGCUGUUUUUUUGCUGAUGAUAUCUCACAGGAUGACCUGUUCCUUCUGUAUGCCACACUGAACUCAGGGAAUCACUGCAAGUUUAUCACCAAUGACCUGAUGCGAGACCACAAGGCCUGUCUGUUUGAUGCCAAGACCAAACACCUGUUCUUUAAGUGGCAGCAGGGACAUCAGCUGGCAAUUAGGAGUGUGUUUCCAGGAUCACAUAUAACCUUUCACCAUAGUCUCCACUAUGACACGGUCGUGCAGACCACUGGAGACUCAUGGCACAUACCAUAUGAUGAAGACCUGGUGGAAAGAUACUCCUAUGAAGUCCCAACCAAAUGGCUGUGCCUCCAGCGGAAAGCAUGAAGAUCCCUCCUCACCCCGCACUGAGUUUUUGUUUGCUCACUCUCCUGGCUGCCGCUGGAGCUCUGAAGUCCAUGCUUUUUUAGGGCAUUUCCUCUGCCCUAGAGACAGAAGUUUAAUGACACUGUUCUGUCCGCUGGCUUAUAGCAACAGACUGAUACCCGACCACAUUGCCCCUAACAUUCGCGCUGAGAGCCUCACCCAGAGCUGGAGUGGACAGUGCAGAGGAAGCUUUGCUCCUGCAGGCCUGCUAUUCCACUUAGCUUGAGUGCUUCUGGUAUCCAUUUUGCUGCUUCAGACUUCACCUUCUAGGCCCACCAACUGUUUCUUCUUCAUUUUAUAAUUCCAAUUAUAAACACUUUUCCAAAUUGCAUCAA